AUGUCUGGGUCAUCUCACCUCAUUCAUAUUAAGGAAGAAAUCGCCUCUUCGUAUCCCGACUUUGAAGGACGCGUUACCCAAGCUUGGGCCGACAUCCUUGUUGAACUCAAGAAGGGAACCCAGAGAAUCAGCACCGGGGGACCCGAAUUCAUCCCCCAAGUCCAAUUCUCUGAACUUGGGAGCCUUCCAGCCGAGAAGAUUGACGAAAUACGACGCAAGGGUUGCCUUGUAAUCAAGGACGUUGUCGAUGAUGCUCAAGUCAUUGCUUGGAGGAAGUCGCUCGAAGAUUUCAUAUCUACCAAUCCAGAUGUCGACGGUUUUCCUGACGGCGAUAAACAGUUUUUCCAGCUCUACUGGACGAAAUCUCAAUUGGAGGCGCGCUCCCAUCCCAACAUGCUUGCUGCUUCGGCUUGGUUGAAUAACUUGUACCAUGCUGAGCCAGGGCAGAAGCUGGAGGGCGUCGAUUUAUCUUCGCCACUUAGUUACGCUGAUCGUUUCCGCAUCAGACAUCCUGGGACCGUUUGGACUACAUUCCCGCCUCACGUCGACGGUGGCAGCAUCGAACGCUGGGAGGACCCAGCAUUCAGGACUUGCUUUGCUGACAUCUUCAGUGGCCAAUGGCGCAAGCAUGAUCCCUUCUUGUUGGCAGGUCGUGUGGAUGCGCAAAAUUCCCUCCACGGUAGGCCAAAUCAGUCAUCUAUUUUUCGAGCAUUUCAAGGCUGGCUUGCCAUGAGUGAAACGGCACCAACCGAAGGGACUCUUAAAGUUUUUCCCGAUCUAUUCCUGUCAAAUCCCUAUCUGAUCCUACGUCCCUUCUUUCGUUUGUUGGUGGCAUCGGACAGCGAAGAAGUCUGGAAUCCCAAGAGCUGGGCUUUUGAUGCUUCAAGCGCAGAUUUUCCCGGUCUCUUCUCUCGCAACGGAGGAUGGUACGGGCCUCGGCCGACGCCUGAACUGCACCCCAACCUUCUCCUCGAGGAGACUAUGAUUUCGGUUCCUAAAGUUUUCCCCGGCGACACGGUAUUCUGGCAUGGUGACCUCAUCCAUUCAGUCGAGAAGGACCACACUGGAAACAGUGACUCGGCGGUUAUGUAUAUCGCGGCCGUUCCUACAACUCCAUUGAACCAAGCCUACAUCGAGAGACAAAAGGAAACCUUCUUGAAGGCCGUCACGCCGCCUGAUUACCCUGCGCAGGCGAAGCCCGAAAAUGCACUAGUGGGCUUUGGAAAGGCUGACGAUAUAUUGAAUCCUCUGGGACGAAAGGCUAUGGGAUUACCCAUUUCUGUGGGUUGA